UCUCUGUGACUUUUGACUCAUUAUUAUUUCAGACAUGCGUAUUUUCGAGUGCUGACGUGGCGGAUCCAUAGAAAACCUCAAGAACUGAACUUUAACACACAAAAAAAAGACGGUGGAGCAAAAUCGGAUCGAGUCGGAGAGUCGCCGGAGAAUUUACUCCGGCUAAUCUGUGAGCCAUAGAGGAAGAAGAAACGAAGUUACUGAGAGGUGGUGGAGGGGGACAUGGCGGAGGCGGAGACAGUAAACGGAGUGAAGGAGGAGAACAAAUUAUGGAAAGGUGUAUUCGCGGUUUCGGGCAUUAUGUUUACUCUUGUCAUCUAUGGUCUUCUUCAGGAGAAGAUAAUGAGAGUUCCUUAUGGGUUGAACAAAGAGUUCUUUAAGUACUCUUUGUUUCUUGUUUUCUGCAAUCGCCUCACUACUUCAGCUGUCUCUGCUGCUGCUUUACUGGCAAGCAAGAAAGUUUUGGAUCCUGUAGCUCCGGUUUAUAAAUAUUGCCUUAUUUCAGUCACUAACAUUUUAACCACUACAUGCCAAUAUGAGGCUCUCAAGUAUGUGAGCUUCCCAGUCCAAACUCUAGCUAAAUGUGCCAAAAUGAUACCAGUCAUGGUAUGGGGAACUCUCAUCAUGCAGAAAAAAUACAAAGGGUUUGACUAUUUAGUGGCUUUUCUGGUGACUCUCGGCUGCUCUGUCUUUAUUCUCUUUCCGGCAGGAGAAGAUAUAAGUCCGUACAAUAAGGGAAGGGAAAAUACUGUUUGGGGUGUUUCCCUUAUGGCUGGUUAUCUUGGGUUCGAUGGCUUUACAAGCACAUUCCAAGACAAACUCUUUAAAGGAUAUAAUAUGGAGAUACAUAACCAAAUAUUCUACACAACACUUUGUUCCUGUGUUUUGAGUUUCACUGGACUUAUAUUGCAAGGCCACUUACUACUAGCUGUAGAUUUUGUUUCUCGGCAUAGAGAUUGUCUACUUGACAUCGCUCUGCUUUCCACUGUUGCAACAGCGAGCCAGUUCUUCAUUUCUUACACCAUUAGGACAUUUGGUGCUCUAACAUUCGCUGCUAUCAUGACAACAAGACAGCUUGCAAGCAUCAUGCUCUCAUGCAUUUGGUUCUCUCAUCCGCUUAGCUGGGAGCAAUGUAUUGGAUCGGUCAUCGUUUUCGGAUCUUUAUAUGCGAAAAACUUACUGAACAACAAAAAAUCACAAAGCCAACCGCCACCUCCAGAACUUCCCCAAUACGAAAAGGCUGAGGGCUCUUGAGAUGGAACCUUCACAGCCAGCUAGAAGUAAGUAACUAGUCGUUAGGGAAUUCAUGUAUUUUUCAUGUUUUGUUUAUUUAAUUUUGUUGGAUAUUAUAUAUGCAAUUUUAAAAAUUAUAAGUUUACGUAUUUUGUAUUUAUAUUUUAUAGCUUUUGGACGUUUUAAUAUUCUUCAAGAGAGUUAAGUUCUAAA